AUGUCGACUCCCGCAGCGCAGCCCUCACUCCCGCUCGAUGCCCCCAAACCAGAGAGGCCUUCUACAGGUUCGCGCAUGCCCUCGCUAAACCAGCUCGCAGCGCGCAUCAACCUCAAUGCGAAUACCAACCCUGCGUCUGCUGCUUCACGUCCUCGCCUUGCUGCGGCUCUUCUCCGUACUAGCUCACAGGGUUCCGUAUCGAGCUCGGCUGCUGCGUCGACUUCAGACUCUGUCGCAGUGAAUCCACCAGGAUCUCGCUCCGCUUCCCCUGCCAACCUCGCGACGUCACCGCCGGGCAGUCGCGCGACGACCCCAGGCCAGAGCGAUGCAGGCCAGGGAGAGCAGCUCACGUCUGAACGGCUCGAGCGGCUCAACAAGGAGACAGACCAGAAGAAGGAUGGCAAGAUGCCUAGGGGGUACAAGAACAUCCCCAGCCUCGAUGCCAUCACUGCACGCCUUGCCAAGGCUCGCUCGCUCAGUGUCGACGGCACAGCUAAGCCUCCCGAGGCAGAGACCAUCGAGGAUCCCAAGACUCCUGGUCUGCGCAUCAAGGCUCCAGAACACCCCCUGGAACACCCAUGGACAAUAUUCCAUGACACAAAGUCAAAGAUGCCCUUCACACCCGCGUCCGCUAAUGUAGUUAGCACAAUUGCAUCGGCAGAGCCGCAAAGCGCGACGCACUUCCAACCGCCCGAAUCGGACGAAUACGAGGCAGGGCUGACCGUGAUUGGCGAGUUCGAUACGGUCGAGUCGUUCUGCCGGUACUUCAACUGGCUGAAGCCGCCGUCGCGCCUUGAGCGCAACUCGAACUAUCACCUUUUCAAGUCGGGCAUCAAGCCGAUGUGGGAGGAUCCCGCGAACGCGGACGGCGGCAAGUGGGUGCUGACGAUGAAGAACAACCCGCAGCUGCUCGACCGCUGCUGGAGCUGGCUCGCGAUGGCACUCGUCGGCGAGGAUCUCGACGAGGGCGACGAGAUUUGCGGUGCGGUUGUCAGUCUGCGCAGCAAGGUCGACCGCAUACAGGUCUGGACGCGUAGCAAAGACGACGUUGAAAAGAUCAACGGUAUCGGACGCAAGAUGGCGAAGCUGCUCGAUGUCUCAGAGGCUGACGGCAUCGGACUCGAGUUCCAGUAUAACAACGACGACCGUCCAGUGCCGAACAAGUUCCUUACCAUACAGGCGUUGCCGCAGACGUCCUUCCGCACGUCGUUUCACAACAAGAACAGCCCGAUGAGCGGUCCUGGAGAGGGUCCAAGCAUCGCAGGCAGCGGCCCUGGUGUCGCGGGUCCAGGAGGUGCUUUUGCUGGGUUCGGAAUGGGUGGCGGCCUUGGUGGACCUGGGUGGAGGUCGAAGCCGCGGCAGUAA